AUGCCGCACCACGUGUUCCCGCGCGCCACGUCCACGGUGGUGCCCGACCUGUCCGCUUCUUCGCGCCGCCGCUCCUCGCCGCGCCGCUCCCCACCAACUCCUUCUUCCAGAACUUCGUGCUCAAGAACGGGGACCAGCCGGAGUACAUCCACCCCUACCCGUCCGCUCCCCGGCGGCGCCGCCCUCGACGUCUGCUACCCGUCGCGGAACCACUCGCCGUCCUUCGUCAUCCAGACGUUCGUCGCCGACGUCACCGUCUCCGACGCCGCCGGGAGCACGGCGCAGCGCCACUCCGUCUCGGCCUUCGACGACCUCUCCGUCACGCUCGACGUCUCCCCGUCCCUCCGCGCGCACCUCGUCCGCGGAUGCCCCUACGUCACCGUCACCACCACGGCGGGGCCCGUGGACGUCUCUGUCGCGUCCGUCCACGCCUUCCUCGACGUCGCCUGCUGCGACGACUCGGGGACCAAGUGGCGCCUCCGGAUGAACAGCGGCCAGACGUUCCUCCUCUACGCGUCCGCACCGAUCCGCCUCGCGCAGGCCACCACCUCGCAGCUCUCGGCGCCCGCCUUCGCCGGCGCCAUCCGGGUCGCCUACCUCCCCGACGCGUCCAUGGAGCCCGUCCUCGACCGCUACAGCCGCUGCUUCCCCACCGCCGGCCACGCCGCGCUCAACCGCCCCUUCUGCGUCGACUACGCCUGGCGCAAGGACGGGCCCGGGGAGCUGCUCAUGCUCGCGCACCCGCUCCACCUCCGCCUGCUCGCCGAAGACGACUGCGCCGUGCGGGUGCUCGACGACUGCCGCUACCGGAGCAUCGACGGCGAUAUGGUCGGCGUGGUCGGCGACGCCUGGGUUCUGCGCACCGACCCGGUGUCCCCGACAUGGCACUCCACCCGCGGCGUCAGCGAGGACGGCGUCGCCGAGGUCGUGGCCGCGCUCCGCGCCGACGUGGCCGGCCUCGCGUCCACCGCGGUCACCACCACCUCGUCCUACUUCUACGGGAGGGCCAUCGCGCGCGCGGCGCGGCUGGCGCUGAUCGCGGAGGAGGUCGGGUGCCCCGACGUGAUCCCCGCGGUGCAGCAGUACCUCAAGGCCGCCGUCACGCCGUGGCUGGACGGCAGCUUCCAGGGGAACGGCUUCUUCUACGACGCCAAAUGGGGCGGGCUGGUGACGCUGCAGGGGCUCAAGGACCCGGCGCCGACUUCGGGUUCGGCAUCUACAACGACCACCACUACCACCUGGGCUACUUCCUCUACGCCAUCGCGGUGCUGGCCAAGAUCGACCCGUGCUGGGGCCGCAAGUACAUGCCGCAGGCCUACUCCAUGGUGGCCGACUUCGCGACGCUGUCGCGGAACAAGGCCGGCGCCAGCUUUACCCGGCUGCGGAUGUUCGACCUCUGGAAGCUGCACUCGUGGGCGGGGCCUGACGGAGUUCGCCGACGGGCGCAACCAGGAGAGCACCAGCGAGGCCGUCAACGCCUACUACUCGGCGGCGCUGGUGGGGCUCAGCUACGGGGACGCGCACCUCGUACGUGGUGGCACGUCCGGGAAGGAGGGCAUCUACGAGGACGACUUCAGCGGGAACAACCGCGUCGUCGGGGUGCUGUGGGCGAACAAGCGCGACAGCGGGCUGUGGUUCGCGCCGCCCGAGUGGAAGGAGUGCCGCCUCGGGAUCCAGCUGCUGCCCGUGCUGCCCAUCAGCGAGGCGCUGUUCCCGGACGUGGCGUUCGUCAAGGAUCUGGUGGCGUGGACGCUCCCGGCGCUGGCGAGGGACGGCGUCGGCGAAGGCUGGAAGGGCUUCGUGUACGCGCUGGAGGGGAUCUACGACAAGGAGGCGGCGCUGACCAAGACCCGCGCACUCAAUGGCCAUGAUGAUGGCAACUCGCUGACCAACCUGCUGUGGUGGCUCCACAGCCGCGGCAACGUCGUCGGGGACGGGGACGCCGGGUUCAGCCGCUGCUGCUGGUACCGCCAGUACUGCCACUGA